AUGGACCCAUUGUCUCUGGUGGCAGAAAACUGCGCGGACUCUGGACACACUUUCGCCUUCCAGAACGCCAAAAUUCUGGGUCGAGGCAAUGACCGCGCAGGCAGGGAAUCGAGCGAGGCCUGGCACACGAAGACAACCUCAAUAAACCGUUGUGUCGCCCAUCCGACAGCCUACCAAGCCCUCCGGACGCAGCUCAACGAACAAAAGAGCAAGCGCGAAGUCAUGCCGGACGUGAAUCCAAACAGGGGAGAGCCUAAGACGGACCUACACGUAGCCACACCGCAGAUCAGGCCCGACGAAGGCGCAGUCAUCAAUACUGCUGCCUCAACUACUACUCCGGCAGACGGGGAGAAACGCGGUCAGAGGGAUGCAAUCAAGACUAACAACCCAGAACGACAAUUAAGGUCAACGCGAAUGCGGGCGAUGACCACCAACGUUCAAAUGCCGCCCCCCGACGAGAGGCAGGCAGAUUGA